UUAAGCUAGUUUUAGUGUCAAACUUACAAGUGAAUAAAAAAGAACAUUGAAGUGAGAUUGCUGCAGUGCCCAAUUUCUUGAAGGAAGACAUUUUAAGGAAAAAAUUCAUUUAGCUGCCUACUUAGGAAAUUCAACCCCCCUACGAAUACAUUUGGUCCUUCGAGCCGGAUACUAAGAUCCUCUCGAACCACUAGCAUCGGUGGAAUUUCAUCCAUAUUUCAAGCUAACUGCGUCGAGCGAGAGAUAGACAGACUUACGACAAGCUUCAAGAAUACCAUCAUAGCCAAAGCAACAUUCCAAUGGAGCAGCUGCAGGAAUGAGAAGGAGUAGCAGAAGGAGCAAAGGGGAGUGAGUAACUAACUUGACAAUCAGAGAGGUUGAAUUACAAUCAAACACCUGACGGCUUCAAAUUGAGAAUUUCUAUAUGGCUUAGUUGCUUAUAAAGAUCUAGUCAGUAUAUCAAGCUCUACAGCAUCAUACGCAAGCAGCUUAUUUAUUAAGCAUACGCCACGUUGGUUGUUUGGACAAGAAGAGGAGCGGCAGAGAGAGCAACGUACAUACAAUUCAAAUUAGUAAUCAAGCAAUACAAAAGCAAGCGCUUGGGGCAGAGGCAGCAACAAAAACAACCAUAAGCCGAACUGAACUGAGCAAUAUACACACACACACACAGAGUGAGAGAGAGCAGCCACGGAAUAAGACGACUUUAUUUUCAUUGAAAUUAUGAUUAAUGACAGGAGAAUAUUGGACGAACGUUUCAACAUUAGAACGAAUUAAGCAGGGGCAAAGUCCGCGUUCAUGAUGAAUGCGUUGAGGCUGGAAAUGCUAACCGUAAUGAAGAUGAUAACGCUUACGAUGAUGAGCAGCAGGUGGAUACUGAUGCUUUGUUGCUUGCAGGACGCAUUCGAGAAUAUAUCAAAUAAAAAUAAGAAUAUUGAGUAAGAAAUUUUCGGAUACAAAUCAUUUGAUGGCUUCGCCUGUGCAGGAUUGCGCCACAGCAGUCGCAGCCCGACGGCGACGCCAUCAGAGCCAAAAUAACAAGCUGAUAUACACGGCCACACUGACAUUGCUGAUACUAUCCCUGAGCUGUGGCAUAGCGUAUGCGACAGCGGCGACGGUCACCACAACGGCAGCAACAUCUCGCUUGGAUGGCGGAACGGAGGAAACUGUCACUGACUUCAAUACGAGUAGCGCCUUCCUGGGAGCCAUAGCAUCGGUUACUGCUUUGUCCUCGUCAGCUCCAACGGCUGCCAACAGCAGCCCCAUAGCCAUAAUUACGUAUCAAGGUAUAACCAGCAGCAUCACUGAUAAUAACACAACUUUAAUACCGCUCUCCGAUACGCCCUUAUUCCUGGAGGAGUUUGCGGCUGGGGAGUUUGUCCUGCCGCCGGUGCAGUCGAUUGUAGUUAGCCUAGUUCUGCUGAUUGUGAUCCUGGGCACUGUGAUCGGCAAUGUUCUUGUUUGCAUUGCCGUGUGUAUGGUGAGGAAGCUAAGGCGUCCCUGCAAUUAUCUGCUGGUCUCACUGGCUCUUUCCGAUCUCUGUGUGGCUCUCCUGGUCAUGCCGAUGGCCUUGCUCUAUGAAGUCCUAGAGAAAUGGAACUUUGGUCCAUUGCUGUGCGAUAUUUGGGUGGCCUUUGAUGUCCUAUGCUGCACUGCGUCCAUACUCAAUUUGUGUGCCAUCUCAGUGGACCGCUAUUUGGCGAUAACGAAACCCCUGGAGUACGGUGUGAAGAGGACUCCUCGUCGCAUGAUGCUGUGUGUGGGAAUAGUUUGGCUAGCUGCCGCUUGUAUAUCGCUGCCACCGCUCCUCAUCCUUGGUAAUGAACACGAGGAUGAAAACGGAGAACCCAUAUGCACGGUGUGCCAGAAUUUUGCAUAUCAAAUCUAUGCCACAUUGGGAUCCUUCUACAUACCGCUGUCCGUGAUGCUAUUUGUCUACUAUCAGAUUUUCAGGGCGGCCAGAAGAAUUGUGCUCGAAGAGAAACGUGCCCAGACACAUCUGCAGCAGGCCCUCAAUGGGACUGGCUCACCCACAGCCCAUAAUGCUCCGGCUCUGGGGCACACUGAUCUGGGCAGUGGCAAUUGUGGUGGCCAACGGCAUAGUAGUGUGGGCAACACAUCGCUAACGUAUUCCACCUGCGGAGGCCUAAGCACCAGUGGCGGCGGACUAGGGGGAGGCAGUGCUGCACAUCAUGGAGGACAUCAUGGCAGCGGCGGCGGUGUCAGUGGCUCAACUGGACUGCUUGGCUCACCACAUCACAAGAAACUGCGCUUUCAGCUGGCCAAAGAGAAGAAGGCCUCCACCACACUGGGCAUUAUCAUGUCGGCCUUUACCAUUUGCUGGCUACCGUUCUUCAUAUUAGCCCUCAUUCGUCCAUUCGAGACAAUGCAUGUGCCAGCGUCACUCUCGUCCCUCUUCCUCUGGCUGGGCUAUGCCAACUCUUUGCUGAAUCCCAUUAUCUAUGCCACACUGAAUCGUGAUUUUCGCAAACCUUUCCAGGAGAUAUUAUAUUUCCGUUGUUCUAGUCUGAAUACCAUGAUGAGAGAGAACUACUAUCAGGAUCAGUAUGGCGAGCCUCCGUCACAGAGAGUCAUGCUGGGCGAUGAGCGGCAUGGAGCCCGCGAGAGUUUUCUUUAAAUAGUAUAAGAUCUCCAUCUCGAAAGUAAGAGGAAUGGUUUACAAAGUGGUUCUAGAGCUGAGAAUUUGGCAACUGUCUAAAUCAUUUUGGCUAGAACCAAAGAACAGAGUCUGAAUAAUGAAUCGGUUCUGCAUUCCUUCUACAUGCAUAGUAAACACACCCACACACACACACACAACUGAACACACAUAAAAGUAUUUGUAUGAAGUAGUGUUAGUAGUGCGUAUCUCUGUAUAUGUGCAACUCCCCCAUAUACAAUAUAUGUAGACGACUCCUCUAAAUGUAACUUGUUGUUGUAAUUUUACAUGUAGAACUAAGCAAUUAAUGUAGGCCAAUGGCCACAACCAUCCACCAAUACAAACACACACACACACAUACACACAAACACACACGGUUGUAACUGUGACAGGUUUCUACGGUUCCUUUUAUGUUUCAAAAACAAUCAGCACCGAAUGAGAGACACAAUCGUUAUCGAAUCUAGUGUAUCUUUUUAUCCCCUCACACCCAAUACCAAUGAAGUCUUAGCCCCUACUUUUGUCCAUUUCCCCCUCCCUCAAUUAUCCCCACCAAUUUGCCAGCGUAGUUAGUUGAUUUUGCGAUACUCAAAAACUGAGCCAAAAAUUAAAUUUAAUUCAAUUUAUAUAUAAUAUAUAC